AUGGCACAGGGAUUCAAGCCAGCAAAGCCGAAAAAGGCGGCAGCCUCGCCAAAGUCCGGAUCCAAGGCCAAAUCUGGUCCAAAACGUGGUCCUCGAGUGAUCGCCCCAAAGAAGAAAGCGGCAGUACAGGCGGCCAAGACCAAGCAAAAGCAGACCGCUUCCAUUACCGCCAGGAUCGAGCAAGAGAUGGUCAGCCGUGCUUCCAAAGGUGGCCCGCUCACCAUCAUGAAGAAAGCCGCCGAUGGCGAUGCAGACGACAAGAAGAAGAACCAAAACAAGAAGUAG